CUGCAUACAAACUCACCUGUUAAACUGCCAGCAUCGGGGUGGAAAUCUGACCGAGUAGCAAACAGUCCUGCUGAAGAACUUAGCUCAAUUGGACACCAUGGCCUCCACCCUCUCUGUGCGCAGUUACUCCGUGCGUCAGCCCUCCUUCUCCAGCAUGUCCCAGAGGGACAGCGGUCGCAGCAUCCGCUCCAAGCCUGCCGUGUCCUCCGCCACGCUGUCUCUGUCCCGCUCCGUUUCAAUGGGCAACGGCCUCAACAUGCUGGGCUCCAGUCUGUCCUUCAACGGCCUCUGUGCCGCAGCCAGUGAGAAGGAGACCAUGAUAGGCCUGAACGACCGGCUGGCCAACUACCUGGAGAAGGUGCGCUCUCUGGAGAGGUCCAACUCCGAGCUGGAGGUCAAGAUCAAGCAGCUCAUGCUGGAGAGGACCCCCAAAGGGCACGACAUCGACGGGAUGAUGGCCCAGGCACAUGCUAUCGGGCAGGAGGUGAGGAAGAAGACGCUGGAGAACGCCCGCAUCAUGCUGGAGAUUGAUAAUGCCCGGCUGGCGGCUGAUGACUUCAGAGUCAAAUGGGAAGCGGAGGCCACACUCUGCCAGUCGGUAGAGAGGGACUGUCAGGCUCUGAAGAGAGCUAAGUCAGACCACGACCAGAUGAUCGCCACGCUGAGAGGAGACCUGGACAGCCUGAAGGAGGAGCUCUACUUCCUCAAGAAGAAUCACGACGAGGAGAUGAUUACAGUGAAGUCUCGUCUGGCCAACGAGCAGGUGAGCGUGGAGGUGGACGCGCCUCAGGGCCCUGACCUGGGGGCUAUCAUGGCUGAGCUGAGGGUCCAGUAUGAGGGCAUCGCGCGCAAGAACAAGGAUGAGGCCGAGGCUUGGUACAUCAGGAAGUUGGACGCGGUGCAGUCAGAGGUCAAAGAAAGCAACGAGGCUCUGCGUAGUGCCCAAAGCGAGCUCAGUGAGAGGCGACGAUUCCUGCAAGCUCUGGAGGUCGAACUUGACAAUAUUCGGAGGCAGGUGAGUGUGUUGGAAGGAAACCUGGCUGAAACGGGGCACAAGUACUCAGUGGAGAUGGACCGUCUUCAGACCACGCUGACCCAGCUGGAGGACGAGCUGUCUCAGCUGCGUUUGGACAUGCAACGCAACAAGACCGAGUACGAGCAGCUGCUGCGCAUCAAACAGAACCUGGAGAUGGAGAUCGCUACGUACAGGAGGCUGCUGGAGGGGGAGGAAACGGUAAAAGAAACACCUCCACCUCCUAAAAAAGAACCUGAUAUAAGGACCAGGAAGAUUGUAAAAGUCGUCACCCAGACCAUGAUCAAUGGCAAAGUGGUGGAUGAGUCCAGCGAGGUGGAGCAGAUUGAGGAGCGCAAAAAAUAAGCCAAAGUGUUGCAAGAGGAGAACCCAAAGUUCAUCUAAUUUCAAAACAACAUUCUUGUUGAGGCCACACAAUAGACUGAUUAAUGAGUUCAACCUAAAAUAAAAUAAAGUGAUUUGCAACAUCAUGAUAUAUUUCAUUACAUACAGUGGAUCUCUUGUUGGCAGAAACUCUUACUUAUAAUGAAAUGAUUCUCAUAAAUGUUUAAAUAGUCUGUAUAAUGAUGUCCAAAUCUUAUCUGAAACUUCUGCUGUGACUUACAGUAAUGCAACCUUAACCUCAUUUCAUCCAUCACAUUUUGUUUACCACGUCUACUUACUAUUGUAGCUUUUAUAACGGCUUUUAACCCUAACACUUUUUUUAGGGGGGUGGGAGGGUUUCUUAUUCCUCGCUUACCUUAGCUUAGCUUAGCAUGAAAACAACGGUAACCAACUAGCUUGGCUUUUUCAACCAUACAAUUUAACUCUAAAACAAAGAGUAAAGAAGUCUUUAUUCUAAGCUAAUCCAACCAGCCGCCGGAUGUCGGUAGUGCACAGACAUGAGGGUCUAACUCUCACCAUGAAAGAAAAUAAGAGUUUAUCCUAAAAAUAUUUAGCUAUUUCCUUUAAUACAUGCUGAAGCUUUCAGAAAAUGUCUUGAUCUUGCAACAACAUCUACUCUAUGUGCAUGAGAGUUUCGUUGUAAAAAAAAAAAGGGAAAGGGAGUAUUGUAAUGUACUGUAUAGUUGUAUGUAAAGAAAUAAACCAAAGCAGCUGUACAGUCUCAAUAAAACAGGGUUUUC